AGGAAAGAUGCAGGAAAAGGCUCUCGUGUCACCCGCUCUGGGAGUAUGGAGGAAUCCUGGGAUGGGGCCAUCCCCGAGCACGUUAAACGGGAACCAGAGGCGGGGCCACACGAGCGUUGGGAAGCCCAAUGGCAGCAGUUCCUGAAAACGGUUCAGACUCCUCAGUCCAGACUGGGGGAUGCUCCACCGCUAGGCCUCACACCUAGGGAUGAGUCUGCAGGCAAAGAAGCUUCUGAUAUUGGGCUGCCACUUUCUGAGGAGAAGGAGACACAGCUCUUGUCUAGUAUUGGUGGGGAAACCCAACAUCCUGUCAACACCUUCUUGGUCAAAGAGCACGUAGACUGCCAGAAAGUGAAGGAAGAGACUCUGGCUGAGGGGGACACCAGCUGGGAUUUUGAGCGCCGCUGCUUCCGCCAGUUCUGCUAUCAGGAAGUCAAGGGGCCGCAGGAGGUGUGCAGAACGCUGCGAGAGCUUUGCUGUCGGUGGCUGAGGCCUGAAGGAAAGACGAAAGAGCAGAUCCUGGAGCUGGUGGUUCUGGAGCAGUUCCUGAGCAUUCUGCCCCCAGAGAUGCAGAGCUGGGUCCGGGAAGGUCGUCCCGAGACUUGUUUUCAGGCGGUGACCCUAGCUGAAGAUUUCCUGCUGAGGCAACAAAACCACGAGAGGCAGGAACAAAUGGUGUCAUGGCAGUUGAAGGAGGAAGGGGCUGAUUUAACAGAGGCUGAGGGGGCUCCCUCAGAGUCCUGUGAGUGGCCACUCUUCAGAGAGAUCAAGGAGGAGGACGAUGGAGCCACCACCAUGCUGGGUGAUGAGAGGGCAUUCUGGAAGGAGAGUAAUCAACCAGAAAGUUCUGGAGAGCUUGAGCUUCACUGGAUGCUGCCUGGCCAACCAGGACCCCAUUAUUAUGAUCUGGUAGAAGCUUCAGAGAACCAGCAAGAGCCUCUCUCUGACAAAGGCAGAUCCAUUUAUUUCCAGCCAAGUUUCGAACAGCUCCACGAACUUCCUGCAGUCCAGCAACGAAUCCUCAAGGGUGAGACCUGCACAGAGUGCGGGAAGUCCUUCCGAUGCAAGGCCGAACUGACCGAGCAUCGACGCAUGCAUUCGGGAGAAAAACCAUACACAUGCUCGGAGUGUGGGAAAAGCUUCUGCCGAAGGAAUGUUCUUGUUGCUCAUCAGAGGAUCCACACGGGAGAGAAACCGUUUAACUGCCUGGACUGUGGGAAGAGCUUCAAUCAGCGAUCGCAUCUCACAGCGCACGAGCGGACUCACACUCAAGAGAAACCGUUUGCCUGCCCUGACUGUGGGCAGAGUUUUAGCAGGAGGACUGGGCUCGUGGCGCAUCAGAGAAUUCACACGGGGGAAAAGCCCUACAACUGCCUCGACUGCGGGAAAAGCUUUCGGCAGAGGUUUGACCUGAUCCGGCAUCAGAGAAUCCACACAGGCGAGAAACCUCAUGAAUGUCCCGAUUGCUCAAAAAGCUUCCGGAACAAGUCAGCUUUCCUCGUCCACCGAAGGAUCCACACAGAGGAGAAGCCGUACCCGUGUUCGGGUUGUGGGAAAAGCUUCCGGCAUCGCACCAACCUCCUUGCUCACGAAAGAAUCCACACAGGGGAGAAGCCGUACAAGUGUACCGAAUGCGAGAAGAGAUUUGGAGACGGGUCUUCCUUGAUGAAGCACAAGCGAGCUCACACGGGAGAGAAACCAUACAAAUGCCUGGAGUGUGGGAAAAGCUUUUCUCAAAAUGCCGGGCUGCUCCAGCAUGAGAAGAUCCACACUGGAGAGAAACCCUUUGAAUGCUCCAACUGCCCCAAAAGUUUCCGGGACAGAUCGGCAUUCAUCGUUCACCAGCGCACUCACACGCAUGAAAAACCCUACCACUGCUCCGGUUGUGACAAAAGCUUCAGCCACCGUUCCAACCUUCUGAAACACGAGCGGAUCCACACAGGGGAGAAACCGUACAAGUGUUUGGAAUGCGGGAAGAGCUUCACCCAGAAACCAAACCUCCUUGUGCACGAGAGAACACACUUGAAAGAGAAAGGGUCUCCCAUCCAAGUGAUUGCCAGGAUCAGCCCUUAUCAGCUUCCAAGGUCUGAUGAGAACGGGCUUGCCUGGAAUACCUAUGUCAGGGCAGAGUUUGCCUUUCCAAGCAGUCAUUUUCUCCAGGCCAGCUUUGGCCUGAGGAGAAAAAUGGCGGCAGAUCAGAUGGAUGCGUCCAAUUUUGGCCUCUGCUUGGUGUCUGCACCGGAGCUGGGAAUGAAGAUGGAAGAAUGGAAUUCAACAGACACAGAACCAGGAAAGGUUACCGACAAAGGCCUUUGCAUCGCCCGGGCUGGGAGUAUGAAGGAAUUCUCGGAAGAGGCUGAACCUGAUCAUAUGAAACAGGAAUUGGAGAUAGGGCUCCAUGAACGCUGGGAAGCCCAGUGGCAGCAGUUUCUGAAAACAGUUCAGUCACCACAGUCUGGGCAGAGAGACGCUCAGCCACCAGGCCUCACGCCAAGAAGCAAGUCUCCAAAGCAGGGCACCUCCAGUAUCAGGCCACAGCCUCCCAAAGAGAGGGUGACCCAGCUCCUUGGCAGAGCGACCCAACCCAUGGGUGGAAACCUGUCAGCCAAAACUGAUACAGAUGAUAAAAUUGUGAAGGAGGAAAACCUGGAUGCAGAGGCCACCCGCCAGCAUUUCCGGCAGUUCGGCUAUAGAGAGGCCGCUGGGCCCCAAGAGGUUUGCAGGCGACUCCAGGAGCUUUGCUACUCUUGGCUGAGGCCUGAGAAACGCACCAAGGAGCAGAUCCUGGAGCUGCUGAUCCUGGAGCAGUUCCUGACUGUCCUGCCCACGGAGAUCCAAAACUGGGUCAAAGAGGGGAGUCCGACGUCUUGUGCGCAGGCAGUGGCCCUGGCAGAAAAUUUUCUGCAGCAGCGGAGACAGGAGAACUGGCAAGAGCAGGCUCCAGGGAUAUCCGAGGAAGUGGCAGCUACUCCAGAGGCCAAGAGGACGGCAUCUGAUGACUGGCAGACGUUGGUCUUCACAGAGGUCAAAGAAGAGAGUGAUGUGAGUUCUUGUGAGAAGGAGAAAAACCAGUCAGAAAACUGUGAGGGUCUCCAGCCCUCUGGGAUGCUCCCAGGAAGAGCUGAUCGGAACCCUUCUCAGGGUCCAGAUCACGGAGAAGGUUCUGAGAGCUGGCAGACAAUAUCCCUAGAAAAAGACAGAGGAGUCCCUGUUGGUUUUCCCCAAGUGUAUGAGCAUCUCCACCAAAGACCGGAGGAGCAAACAGGCUUCCACAGUGGGAGAGAAAAAGUCUGCCUUGAAUGUGGGAAAUCUUUUCGGUGGCAAGCCGAGCUGAUUGCGCACGAAAGGACUCACACAGGUGAGAAGCCGUAUGAGUGCUUAGACUGUGGCCGGAGCUUCAGUUACAAAUCUCGCCUGAUAGCGCAUAAGAAAAUGCACACAGGGGAGAAGCCGUACAAAUGCCCAGACUGUGGGAAAAGCUUCAGCCGGCAGCCACACCUAAUUGCACACGAGCGGGUCCACACAGGGGAAAAGCCCUAUGUGUGCACAGAAUGUGGCAGGAGCUUCAGCGACAGGUCAAAUUUAAACACUCACAAAAGGACCCACACAGGGGAAAAGCCAUAUCGGUGUUCACAUUGUGGGAAAAGCUUCAGCCAAAGCUCAACUUGCAUGAAACACGAGCGGAUCCACACAGGAGAGAAGCCGUACAAAUGUGCCAGCUGUGGAAAGAGCUUUUGCCAGCGGUCACAGCUGAUCAACCACGAGAGAAUCCACACUGGAGAGAAGCCGUACAAAUGCGCCGUUUGUGGGAAGCCAUUCAGCCGGAGGACAGACCUGGUGACUCAUCAGAGGCGACACACAGGGGAGAAGCCAUAUAAAUGCCUGGAGUGUGGACGGAGCUUCAGUGCAGGAUCCAGCCUGAAAGAACAUAAGUGGACCCAUAUAGGGGAGAGAGCACAUAAAUAUGCCAACUGUGGAAAAAGUUUCGCCCAGAUGGCUGAGUGCAUGAAACAUGAAAGGACCCACAUGCAGGAAGCUGGGAAUCAUCCAGAAACCUGGGAAAGAAACACAGCAGAGUGUGUUAAAGGACAGCUGCAGAAGGGAAUGCAGCAACCCUGGGAGGCCCAGUUGCAGGAGUUCUUGAAGGCCGCAGAGACCUCUCGUCCAGAUGGGAGAAACCCACAGCUUCUUGGGCUAAUGAUACGGGAGGAAGCACAGAUGGUUCUUCCACCGUCUGCAAGAGCGACGGAUUCCAGGACACGUUUGAAAAGAGAGAGAGCUUGUCUGCCAUCACACCUAAGGAGAGAAGCCCAGCAGUCAAGUUACAGAGCGUUGGCUGAAGCGCAGGCAAACUGUGGGAAAGUGAAGGAAGAAAUCCUGGAGGAGGAAGAGACAGGGGAGGUCUGGAGCUUGGAUGCGGAGUGCAAGCGCUUCAGGCUGUUCGGCUACCAGGAGGCUGAGGGACCACGAGAAGUCUGCAGACAGCUUCGAGAACUUUGUCAUUGGUGGCUGAAGCCGGAGAAACACACCAAGGAGCAAGUCCUGGAGCUGGUGAUCCUGGAACAGUUCCUAACUAUCCUGCCUCAGGACAUGCACAGCUGGGUCAGGGAGAGCAAGCCGGAGACUUGCUCUGAAGCAGUGGCCCUGGCUGAGGAGUUCCUGUUGAGGCAGCGAGAAGACAAGAGGCAAGACACGCAGGAGUUGGAUGCAAGCCAAGAGAUAGUACAGAAUUUUUCUGAGACAGAGUGUGCUCCAUUGGAUACUUGGAAGAGAGCUCACUCCAGGGGGACCGAGCAAGAACAUGUGAGAGAUGACCCUUUGCUGGCUGCUCCUGAGUUAGCAUGCCAGCAGGAGAAAAAUGAGCCUGGCAGUUCUGAGGAGAUGGAAACAUACGCACUAUUGUCAAAAGAAAUGGAGCAGGACCAUUGUGUUCGAGAGGCCAGAUCCGAGAGCCUACACCGCAUCAGCCCAGGGCCAGAAGAAGGGGGCAAAUUCAUUAAUUCUCAGGGAGGGUAUGAAGAUCUCGAUGAGAACACAAUGGAGCAACCUGUAACCCUUAAGCGUGGGCGGGAGAACACAUCUGUUGAGUGGGGGGAGGUUUUUAGGCUGAAGUCGGGCCUGAUUGUUCAUGAAAGGACCCUGACAGGAGAGACUCAGUACAAAUGUUCUGUUUGUGAGAAAACCUUCUGCCGAAGGAACGUCCUCAUUACCCACCAGAGGAUACACACGGGGGAGAAACCGUAUAAAUGCCUGAACUGUGGGAAAAGCUUCAGCCAGCGGUCGCACCUCAUUCUGCAUGAGAGAACCCACACCGGGGAGAAACCGUACAAGUGUGCCGAUUGCGGGAAAAGCUUCAGCCAGCGCCCUCACCUCGUCAAGCACGAGAGGAUCCACACAGGGGAGAAGCCCUACAACUGCCCCUACUGUGGGAAGAGCUUCAGUGACCGGUCCACCCUGACGACGCACAAGCGGACUCACACGGGAGAGAAGCCUUAUUCCUGCUCAGACUGUGGGAAAAGCUUCAGCGACCGGUCGUCCUUGAUCGCCCAUAACCGGACUCACACUGGCGAGAAACCUUACAAAUGCUCAGAAUGUGGGAAGAGCUUCAGCCACCAGUCGACCCUCAUCCGACAUGAGCGGAUCCACAACAGCGAGAAACCCCUGAAGUGCUUGGAAGCUGGGAAGGGUGGUGGGGGAGUGGGGGCAGUCUUGGAGAAGGGAGCUCGAUUAAGCGACAAACCGCCUGUCCCCUGGACAAACUCUGCAGUCUGGGGGGAGUCGCUUUCUGACAGCCUUACUUCCUCCCCUUCAGGAAAAUGGAACUUAAGAGUCAGCAACACUGCCGGAACUUCAACUCUGGUUGCGUUUGCCCCACACAAAGAAAUGGCUGCGGAACACACAGAGGCAUCAGCCCCGGGUCUCUCGCAGGCUGAGCAAGAGAAGAGGAUGAAAACAGAGGAGCGAAGGCCUGCUGGCCCUGAGCCAGGGAAGGGUGGAGGGGAGGACCCUCGCCACAUCCACAGUAAAAGUCUCCGGGACUUCUGGGAAAGGACUGUACCGGAGGAAGUGACCCGGGAGCCACGCAAGGGCCUGCAAAGGCAGUGGGAGUCUCAGUUGCAGGAGUUCAUGAAAGCCCUGGAGCCUCCGAAGUCCGAACGGGACAGCCCACAGAUCCCGGGGCCUCUUCCGAGGACCAACGCUCGGGCUUUUCGAUCCCCAUUUGAGGGGACGACAGACUCUAGCCGGCUGCCUAGGGAUCCGCAGCUCCUGCCUGACCUUGGCCUAGAAGACCUCCAGGCCAAAGGAAGCUUGGCAGCCCAAGACAAAAUGGACUGUAAGAAGGCCACGGGGGAGGUACUGAUCGAGGAGACAAUCAACUCGCAUGUGGAAUGUCGGCUAUUCAGGCAGUUUGGCUACCAAGAAGCUGAAGGGCCCCGGGAAGCUUGCCGGCAUCUCCGGCGGCUCUGCCAUCAGUGGUUGAAGCCCGAGAGGCACACCAAGGAGCAGAUCCUAGAGCUGGUGGUCCUGGAGCAGUUCAUGGCCAUCCUGCCCCCGGAGAUGCAGAGCUGGAUCGGGGAGUGCAGCCCCCAGACCUGUGCCCAAGCGGUGAUCCUGGCGGAAGAUUUCCUGCUGAAGCAGCAGGAGAACGAGACGCAGGAAGAACAGGUGAUGUCUCCAUUUGAGGAAGUCUCAGCACAGAAGGUGCUGAUGGACCCCUGGCGAAGGUCACGCAUCGGGGAGCUCGCGCUGGAGGGCGGUGCAAAGGCCUCCUUGUUGGGUGAUGGCAAGAAGAUAUGUAGGAAGGAAAGAAACUUGCUGGGAAGUUCAGGAGGACUGGCCCCAUCUUGGAUGCUGUCAGGACGAGCGGAACUCAAUGCUUCCCACUGUCCAGAUCAGGGGGAAACUUCGGAAAGCCUGUACGAGAACCACCUGGAGAAGGGGGUGGGGAAAUUCAUAAAUUCACAGGGGACAUAUGAGGACUUGGACGAGAGCCUCAUGCAGCAGAUAAUCCCACCUGGCGAGAGAGACAACUCCUGCCACGUGUGCGGGAAGGCCUUCCGGCGGAGAUCCAACCUCAUCGCACACGAGAGGACCCACUCUGGGGAGAGGUGGUACAACUGCUCAGACUGCGGGAAGAGCUUUGUCAGCCGGGCCGCCUUCCUGAUCCACCAGCGGGUGCACACCGGGGAGAAGCCGUACAAGUGCUCAUACUGCGGGAAAGGGUUCAACACCGGCUCGAGCCUCACCAGGCACAAGAGGAUCCACACAGGCGAGAAGCCGUACGAGUGCUCGGGCUGCGGGAAACGGUUCAGCGACUACUCCAACUUCAUCGUCCACAAGAGGAUCCACACGGGCGAGAAGCCAUACGAGUGCUCGGUCUGCGGGAAGAGGUUCAGUGACAAUUCAAACUUUAUCAAGCACCAUCAUUGAAAGAGAGGCUAUAUACUUU